GGCGCCGUUGCGCCCCGCGCCGCUGGAGGCGUUUCCACGCUCCAGAGGCCUGGCGUCCCCGGCCCGGCCCUGACCGCCCCGGCCUGGCGUGGCGCCCGAGGGGCGGGGGAUGGAGGGAGAUGGCCCAGCGGUGCGCAGGAGGAGCCGGGCCGCCUCUGCCCGCAAGAGGAGCGGGGACCGAGCCCAGUCCCGCGGCGCCUGCUACCCUCCAGCCCGGAAGAGACCGAGCUCUAGGGCCGGGGAGGAGCCGCAGCCCGCCCCCUCCACCCCCGAGUAUAAUAAUGACAGUGAAGAGGACAUGUUUGGUGACUAUGACAGCUUUUCUGGAAAUGAUUCUUUGUUGGCUCAAGUUGAUAAUAUGGAGCAGGAAUGUAUUCAAUCUAUUGACUUGACUUCAUGUACUAAAAACAUGGAAGACGAAGCUACUGUAGAGCCUUCAUUUGGGUAUUUUCAAUUGCAAAAUGCCAAAAGCAAGGAACUGAUUUUUUCUGCUGCAGGAAACAUAACUGGUUUCAGAACUGAAGAAGAGAAUCAUUUGAGGAUCACAAGUAAACAAGAGAACUGGACUCUAGAACCUGGAGACUGUUUUUUAGAUGACUUGCCAUCAUCACAGUUUCUAUAUUUUGAGGAAAUGAAUAAGACCUCAGUUGAUUCUAGAAAAUCAUCAGGUACAAAAGAGAAUGCUAAUGACAUGAAUUCUUGCCUUGAUAAAAUGUUGAAUCAGUCAUCUUGUCACCAUAAUGCAGAGCACACCAAAAUAAAUAAUGAAUUGUCCCUAAGCACCAUGUCCAACUUGAAUAAAAGAAAAAGUCUCAAAGAUCACCUAAAAAAUACUAUGACUGGAAAUGCCAAGGCUCAGACUCCACAGGUUUCUAGAACUAAACAGCUCAAAGAAGCUGUUCUGUCUGAAGAAAUUUGUGCUGCCAAGAAAACCAUUGAAACUUCUUCUGUUGACAUUGGCCCUUUUUAUGGGUUACCCAGUAAAGUUAAAGAUCUCUUUGUACAGUUCCGAGGGAUUGAAAAACUUUAUGGUAAUAGCCAUUACAAUUUUUGUUUAAAAAAUCACAGUUGUUUGCUCUUGUGUUACAAGUGGCAGCACACUUGCUUAACAUUAGAAUCUCUGCAACAAAGAAAGAACUUAAUAUACUCAUUGCCAACCAGUGGUGGAAAAACACUUGUAGCUGAAAUUUUAAUUCUUCAAGAAUUACUCUGCAGGCAGAAAGAUGUUUUAAUGGUUCUGCCUUAUGUGGCUAUUGUCCAAGAAAAGGUUUGGGCCUUGUCAAGUUUUGGAAUAGAGCUAGGCUUCUUGGUUGAAGAAUAUGCGGGAAGUAAAGGAAGAUUUCCUCCAAUCAAAAGGAGAAAGAAGAAAUCACUGUACAUUGCUACUAUAGAGAAAGGACACAGCCUAGUGAACUCCUUGAUUGAAACAGAAAGAGUUGGUGACCUGGGUCUAGUCGUAGUAGAUGAGUUGCACAUGCUUGGUGAGGGGAGUCGUGGAGCUAUACUGGAAAUGAUUCUUGCAAAAAUUCUCUACACUAGCGAAACUACUCAGAUCAUUGGAAUGAGUGCAACUUUAAACAAUGUUGGGGACCUGCAGCAGUUCCUGCAAGCGGAGUAUUACACUAACAAUUUUAGACCAGUAGAAUUAAAGGAGUAUGUUAAAAUACAAGAUAGUAUCUAUGAAGUUGACAACAAAGCAGAGAAUGGCCUUACCUUUUCACGUCUUCUUAAUUUCAAGUAUUCUAGUAAUCUGCAGAAGAUGGACCCUGACCACCUUAUUGCCUUGGUGACAGAAGUCAUUCCAAAUUACUCCUGCCUAGUCUUUUGUCCCACUAAAAAGAACUGUGAAAAUGUAGCUGAAAUGGUAUGCAAGUACCUGAACAAGGAAUAUAAAAAUCACAAGGAAAACGAGAAACAAGAGCUUAUUAAGGACUUGAAGAAUAUUGGUAAAGGAGGUCUCUGUCCUGUUCUAAAGGGAACCAUUCCAUUUGGUAUUGCCUACCAUCACAGCGGCCUUACCAGUGACGAAAGGAAACGUAUAGAGGAGGCUUAUUCUACAGGUGUUCUGUGCCUUCUUACUUGCACAUCUACGCUAGCUGCUGGAGUCAACCUGCCAGCUCGAAGGGUUAUUUUAAGAGCUCCCUAUGUUGCUAGAGAGUUCCUGAAGAAGAGCCAGUAUAAGCAGAUGAUUGGCAGAGCUGGUCGAGCUGGCAUUGACAGUGCUGGUGAAAGUAUUCUUAUAGUGCAAGAAAAAGACAAACAUCUGGUUCGGGAUUUAGUAAACAGUCCUUUGGAGAACUGUUACAGCAACCUCUUUCUUGAAUUCACUAAGGGAAUCCAAAGCCUGCUCCUGUCUUUGGUUGGAUUAAAGAUUGCAAGAACCCCCGAAGAGAUCUACCACUUUAUGUGUGGCACACUGUUCGGUGUUCAGCAACAGUUUUUGUCUAAAGAAAAGAGCCUCUCAGCUAUAACUAGAGAAGCACUGGGAUGUCUGAUAGAAAAAGGACUACUAAAAGGAAAAAUGACCUCUGAAAAGGAACAAAAAUCCCAAAGUAAUCUAGAGAUCACACAGUUGGGUCAAGCUACUUACAAGGGCUCUAUAGACUUGGCCUAUUGUGAUGCUCUCUACAGAGAUUUGAAAAAAGGUCUUGAGGGGCUAGUUCUUGAGAGCUGCCUUCACCUUCUCUAUCUGACAACUCCAUAUGACAUGACUUAUCACUGUAGACCAGACUGGAUGAUCUAUUUUAGACAGUUCAGCCAGCUAAAUUCAGUAGAACAAAAAGUAGCAGCUAUUGUGGGAGUCCCUGAAAGUUUUAUUACGAAAAAGGCUUCUGGACAAGCCAUCAAAAAGGAUGUGGACAACUGUGUCAUAAACAGGCUGUAUCUGUCCUUUGUUCUUUAUGCCCUACUGAAAGAGACCAACAUAUGGAAUGUUUCAGAAAAAUUUAACAUGUCUCGAGGAUAUGUGCAAAAUCUCCUGAACUCUGCUGCCUCAUUCUCUUCCUGUGUGCUGCACUUCUGUGAGGAGUUGGAGGAAUUUUGGGUUUAUAAAGCCCUGCUGACGGAACUUACCAAGCGAUUGACCUAUUGUGUUAAGGCAGAACUCAUCCCUCUUAUGGAGGUGGCAGGGGUUUUAGAGUCUCGAGCAAAACAGCUGUAUGAUUCAGGAUACAAAACUCUAGCACAUCUAGCUAAUGCAGAUCCAGAAACACUGGUGAAGAUGAUCGAGCAUUUGUCACGACGUCAAGCCAGACAAAUAGUUUCAUCGGCAAAGAUGCUGCUGAGGGAAAAAGCUGAGGCUCUACAAGAAGAGGUUGAAGAACUGUUGAAGGUGCCUACAGAUAUAUCUGAGGGCCUCCUAACAACUUUGCCAUAAAAAAGAUGAUGCAGUGGAAUGAAUUCUCAGCCCUUAAAAUUAUUUUAAUUCUUCUUAAUGUACAUAUGUGUAACUUAAGCUUCUGUUCUCAUAAUAAAUAUUCAAAACACCUUU